UACAGCUGUUGGCUCUUGCCUGGUUUGCACCAGCCACCCUCCGAGAAAGUUGCCUACUUCUGUCUUUCAGAAAUGAAUGAAAAAGAACUGGUGGAGUAUUUCAGGAAUCAGAUGCGGCAGGAUCCUGACAUGGCGUCCGCUGUGGCCGCGAUCCGCACUCUGCUGGAGUUCUUGAAAAGAGACAAAGGUGAGACCAUCCUGGGUCUGAGAGAGAACCUGACUCAGGCCAUCGACAAACUGACCAGUGUGGACUCCUCGGUGGCCGUCUCGUCUGGGGGAGAACUGUUCCUGCGCUUCAUCAGCCUCACCUCUCUGGAGCAUCCGGACUUAUCACAAUGCAAGAAAGUGAUGAUUGAAAGAGGAGAACUCUUCUUGGAGAAAAUAUCACUUUCGAGGAACAAAGUUGCAAAACUCUGUCACACAUUCAUCAAGGACGGAGCAAAAAUCCUGACCCACUCUUCCUCGAGGGUGGUGCUGCGCGUGCUGGAGAAAGCCGCGGCGGAGAAGAAGCGCUUCACUGUCUACGUGACUGAAUCUCAGCCCGACACCGCAGGGCAAAAUAUGGCAGAAAAGCUAAGAAAACUCAAUGUUCCGGUCACAGUGAUCCUGGAUGCUGCUGUGGGGUACGUCAUGGAGAAGGUGGACCUGGUGAUCGUGGGAGCUGAAGGUGUAGUGGAGAGUGGAGGCAUCAUCAACAAGAUUGGCACAUACCAAAUGGCAGUGUGCUCCAAAGCACAUAACAAGCCUUUUUAUGUGGUGGCAGAAAGCUUCAAGUUUGUCAGACUUUACCCACUGAACCAGCAAGAUGUUCCUGACAGAUUUAAGUACAAAGCCGAUACGUUGAAGUUGAGCACGAAUCUAGCAGAAGAGCAUCCUAUGAUUGACUACACACCUCCCUCCCUCAUCACUCUCCUGUUCACAGAUCUGGGGGUGCUCACCCCUUCAGCUGUUAGUGAUGAACUCAUCAAGCUAUAUUUGUAACAGCACUGAAGAUGCCAGUAAAUUAUAUAUCUAAUAAAGCUGUUUAAAGAAA